AUGGUCGCGGUCCGGUCGAGAGCGGUGGUCGCGGUCCGGUCGAGGUUCUGGUCCUCCUCCGGAUCCCACGAGUGGUACCAAAAGUCCCAAGACCCCAAGAUUAUAUACACUCAGGUCGACGAGGGCGGACCCGCCAAGGGGGCGGGGACAAGCGAAAACGACAGGCGAGUCAGCCAAUCGAGUCGCGGGAACGGCCGGCGGCGAUCCGGUGGCCCAAUGGGAGCGCCGCAGAGGGCUUGGCCGAGUGGAGGAAGGGCGGGCGCGGCGACGGGCGUUGUCGUGGCUGACGAGAUUAUCGGGGCGCGGGCCGCCCGGCCUGGUGGCGCCACUACUGUCUUCGGAAAGAUCAUCGGCGAGGCGCUUCCGCGCCGGUUACGUUUUAACUGCUUACUCUUCCUCCAGUGCCUCGCGUUCCAUGAUCUUUCACCCCAAGCUGCGAUGCUUUUCCUAGUCAUGCCUUUAGAGCCAGUUAUCGGGUUAUCUGAAGCAGAAGAUUGUGGGGAAUCUCUUCUUGGGCGUGUAAUGGUUGUUGGCGAGAAGCGUGCUGCUCACCUGGGCCUGACCGAUGGAUUCCGGAUGGUUGUGGACGAAGGGCCCGAGGGUGGGCAGUCUGUGUAUCGCAUACAUCUACGUGUUCUGGGUGGCCGUCAGUUGGGCUGGCCGCCCGGCUCAGAGUUUUGCACCGCAGGAGUUGCCGCACGUGUAUAA